CCCAGCUGGGAGUGGAGGAGAACUAAUCCAUCCACCAGGCAGGAUUUGAAUGAAAAUGUGGGCCCGCAAAGGUAAAAAGAAGGAAUACCUGACGGUGAAGGACCUGCAGAACAUUCUGGACACGUGCAAACUGCGCCUGGGUCAGAUCGAUGAGGUGUGGCCCAACAUUUACAUAGGUAACGUGUCAGUGGCUCAGACCAAGACGGCCUUGGUCCAGUUGGGGAUAACUCACGUCUUGAACGCCGCGCACUCCAAGAAAGGCAGCAUCGGGAACCAGGGCUUCUACGGCAAGGACUUUGAGUACUGCGGCAUUCCUGCCGACGACUCCACGCACUUUGACCUGGAUGUUUACUUCCGACCCGCCGCCGACUUCAUUCACAAAGGACUCAAAGCUCCCCACGAGAAAGUGGAGCAUCCGGUCAUGCCUCGAGGUCUGAGGAGCUUAGCGAGCCCGGAAGGGGGACCUAGCAGGUACGAGAGCCCCCCGGCGUCGGAACUGCACCGGCUGAUGUGGACCAAGAAAGGCAGCGACAGUCACCACAUGGACCAGGUCCAGCCGAGGAUCUACUUGGGAGACAUGCGCGCGGCCAAAGACAAGAGGAGUCUGCAGGCUCACUGCAUCAGUCACGUGCUCAACGCCGCCGACGGCAAGUUCAACGUCAACACGGGCGCCGCGUUCUACCGCGACACCAAGAUCACGUAUCACGGCGUGGAGGCCUUCGACAUGGUGACCUUCAACCUCACGCCCUUCUUUUACCCGGCAGCUGACUUCAUCAAAAGAGCUCUGGGCUCACCCACAGGUGGAGUGCUGGUCCACUGCGCCAUGGGUCUCAGCCGCUCAGCCACCCUAGUCCUGGCCUACCUCAUGAUCCACGAGAGGAUGACGCUCCCCGAGGCCAUCAAGGCCGUCAGCGCCAACAGAAACAUUUCGCCCAACGCCGGCUUCCUGAAGCAGCUGCGAGAGCUCGACAACGAGCUGCAGCGCCAUCAAGGGGUCGGGAGGUGCACUUCCAAGGUUGGAAGUGGAGUGAAAUAA